GCGGCCUUGGAAGAGGAGAACUACGCCGACAAGGGGCAGAGCAUUACCGAGAUUUUGAAGCAGAACGAUGUGAGGGGCACCGCGCUCCUGGAGUUAACUUUAGAUGAUAUGGACAAGAUGGUCAUUGCCAUGGGGCCGCGCAAAGUCCUGGCCAAGCGCAUCGCUGCUGUGUCUGCCCCGCUGACAGCCGCAAGCGGAUUCCAGGACGGCCUGAGCGCCACGGAGUUCAUCCAGGAGCUGGCCGAGGCUACGCCGAAGAACUUGGAUGAAGGUGUGCAGGUCUUCCACCUCACGAAGUCCUUGCCCGCAAAGCCAUACGCCCAGAGCGGGCCAAAAUUAUUGACGCGCAACACGACGCGCCGGGCCUGGCAGGCGACCUUCGAGCUCAUGAAGGGAGACAUCGAGCGCGUGGCCAUGUUGGGCGUCCCGGGCAUCGGGAAGAGCCGCAAUCUGGCGCUGGGCCUCUGGCACCUGGUGACGGGCAAGAAGCUGGAAGGGAUUCAGCAGCCCGAGGCGAUCGUGUAUGAAGCCCGGGAGGGUGGGGCGGUCUUCCUUUUCACCAAGGGCCAGGAUGGCCACUGGAAGGCGCAGCGCCAGCAGAUCGAAGAUUGGAAGCCAUCAGGCUGCGAGUAUUUGCAGGAGCCCAACAACUGGUACCUGGUGGACGCUUCCGAGAGAGCCACCACCUUGAAGUUGGCUACCAAGACCGUGCUCGCGUGCAGCCCAGAACGGGACCACUAUUCAAAAUUUAUUAAAGACGGUGGCUGCUGCGUCUAUAUUGAAUCGUGGUCGAAAUCUGAGCUUCAAGUCGCAUGCGAUCACCUUCAACUCAGUGUGGACAUGCAGUCUAGGUACGACAAGAUCGGAGGAAAUCUGCGGGCCCUUUUGUCAACGGAAUCAGACUUCGAUAAGUAUGUGAAGGACCAGGAAUCUGAGGCCAUGGAUUGGCAGCACUUGCAGCCUGCUUUCCGUGGCACCUUGGACAACCAAGGCAAGAAGCUUCUCACCCGCCUCUUCACCUACAUCAGCAAGGAUGCCCUCAGGUACGAGGUUGAUUUCUGCUGCGCCGGCGCUGCCGCGCUGGUUGCGAACGCGCACUAUGAGAAACUGGUUGAGCUCUGGAGCAAGCAAGAUGAGCCCGCGAGGUACUGGUUCCAAAAGUUUGUCGGACCCCUGUUGACCUUCUCGUGGUUUCCAAAGCAGUUUGCAGCCUGGACUAUCACCAAUAAGGGCUUCGCUGACCGUGCUUCCUGGCAACGGGAGAGGUGCAAAGACGACUUGAUGAUCGCGCAAAACUUGCAGUUAGUGGAAUGCGAUUCCACAACCAUUUUUGAGGCCAGAUGGAAGACGGCAUUGCAGAACGGAACCCUAUCGCCACAGGUUUUGAGUAGCCCAGCUGGUUACCCGGGCAUCCACUACCUGCUGGAGUUCAACCACGGCAUCCAGGUGACCACAUCCCCAAUGCACAACCUUGCAAAGGAAUUUCGCGAUAAGUUGAAGGAGAUGUUCAAUGGAACCCGCCACAGUUUCACUCUCACGUUUCUCAUUACAGGAGAUCCGAAGAAAUUCACGCCGGCAACAGGCGAUUUCAACCAAUUCAUGGAAAUGUCGGGGCCAUCAAAGUCGUUUGAGAAGGUUUGUAUGCAGGUCGUGCAGAUUCCGAAGGCGCUCAAUAGCCUGAGUUGA